GCUUAAACGGGUACAAGUGACGAGUAUCUCUAACCCGAACCCGCCCUCCCAACCCAGCUUACUCGAAUUCGGCCAACUAGACUAGUAGGAGGAAUAGAGAGAGAGUCUCCGAGUCCGUAUCCUAGUCACAGUCGGAUUCGGAUUCGGAUCCGGAUCUUCACGAAUCAAAAUAUUUUGACUUCAGUUUUUCCCUCACUCCGACUCUCUUCUCUAAAACCCUAACCAAACUACAAGACCAAACCAGAACCCCAAAAUCUCUCUCUCUCUCUCUCUCUCUCCCUCUCUCCGUGAAAUCUUGCAGCCAUGUACGGAGGAGACGAGGUAUCAGCUAUAGUAAUAGACCUAGGGUCGCACACUUGCAAAGCCGGUUACGCCGGCGAAGAUGCCCCAAAAGCUGUGUUCCCUUCUGUUGUCGGGGCAAUUGACCAAAUGGAUGUUGAUGAGACUGCAAUUACUGAAAAAAAUUCUGGAUCUGCAGUAGAUUCUAAAAACAUUGUCAAAACUCUUGAUUCUGACAAAGCCAAAGGAAAACGCAAAUUGUUCGUUGGAUCUCAAUCCUUAGGCUUCCGUCGAGAUCAUAUGGAUGUGCUGUCGCCUCUAAAGGAUGGAGUCAUCGCUGACUGGGAAAUAGCUGACUGCAUAUGGGACCAUGCUUUCAGGGAAUGCCUAUUGGUUGAUCCUAAAGAGCAUCCAAUGCUACUUGCAGAACCAUCUUCUAAUACUCAACAGCAAAGAGAAAGGACUGCGGAGCUUAUGUUCGAAAAGUACAAAGUUCCUGCAUUAUUUUUGGCCAAGAAUGCUGUUCUAACAUCUUUUGCAUCAGGACGUGCUACCGCAUUAGUUGUUGACAGUGGCGGAGGAUCAACCACAGUUGCUCCGGUGCAUGAUGGUUAUGUUCUUCAAAAGGCUGUGGCAUCUUCUCCAAUUGGAGGAGAAUUUCUUACUGAUUGCUUAUUGAAAAGUUUGGAAAGCAAAGGAAUGAUGAUAAAACCUCGAUAUGCUUUUAAGAGAAAGGAAACAAGGCCAGGGGAGUAUCAGACAGUAGACCUUGAUUUUCCAAAUACAACAGAAAGCUACAGGCUCUACUCCCAGAGGGUAAUUGCUAGUGAUAUUAAGGAAUGUGUGUGUCGAGCCCCAGAUACUCCGUAUGAUGAAAGUUCUUAUUCAAACAUUCCAAUGACGCCAUAUGAGCUACCUGAUGGCCAGACGAUUGAAAUUGGAGCUGACAGAUUCAAGAUUCCUGAUGUUUUAUUUAAUCCAUCCCUGGCUCAGACAAUUCCUGGCAUGGAGAAUUUUGCGGAGAUUGCUCCAUCUGUUCGUGGUCUACCACAAAUGGUCAUAGAGAGCAUUAAUAGGUGUGAUGUGGACAUUCGGAGAGAGCUAUUUAGUAGUAUACUGCUUGCUGGUGGCACUGCAUCAAUGCAACAGUUGAAGGAACGCCUUGAGAAAGACUUGCUAGAAGAAUCUCCUCAAACUGCUCGAGUUAAAGUAUUGGCAAGUGGAAAUGCAACAGAAAGGAGAUUCAGUGUUUGGAUAGGAGGGAGUAUAUUGGCUUCUCUUGGUUCAUUUCAGCAGAUGUGGUUCUCCAAGUCUGAGUAUGAAGAACAUGGGGCUUCUUACAUUCAAAGAAAAUGCCCCUAAGAUGCCAUUUUCUCCAUCCAUGGAAUUACCAGAGGUAUGAGCUUCUGGAUCCUUGUAUGAAUCACACUAACAUUUUCGGGCCUGUAAAAACUUCAAAGCCUGUGUCUAAUAUCUAAACAGAUGACAGUGCAUUAAUUUAAACUGUACCAUUGCUUCUUAAUUUGCAGUGCUUCAAUGUCUUUUUCAAAGGCAAGCUGCCCAUGUAGUUAGUUUGAUGUCUAUUCAUUGUGAUCUAAUGCGGAACUCGUCCAAAACAUGUUUACUUUUAUUCUAAUGAUUGGAGGUGUUACUUUCAA